UCCCACCAGUUCAAAGAAGCAAAUUCUGCCAUAGGGUUGAUGGAAGGGGGCCCUUUGGUGGAGUUGUGGACUAUUCCUGAUGCACUGUGGGGCCUCUGAGCUUAAAUGGUUUAUGGCUGUCGUUGCAAAACAUGCCAAAGGGCGGCCACCGGGGUCCCUCCAAACAGUUUGCGUAGUUUGCACGUUUGCGUUUAUGUCAGGUCGUGGGGAGGAGGGUGUGCGUCUCCCCGCUGCGUUCACGGCCAUGAGUGAAACAACAAGGAAAUCCCGAAAGCCACAGUCUCACUCACUGGGACACACGAUGGAAAUGAAGUAGAAGAGUGCGUUAUAUAAAAGGUAUAAAAUGUUCUGGCUUUUAAAACUGAAGCUUUUGAACACCGACCUGUGCCUGAUGUGGGUGUUCCGAGUCGUGCACUUACAUAAGUCUGCGUAAAGCCCACACGAAUGCAGCGUCGGAGCAGGGAGAGUUCAGUCCAGUCAGUGUUUUGACGCCGAGCGCGGAGCGCAGCGCCGAGGAGGAGCCGCUCCGCCAACUGUUGGCCUCGCGCAUCUAAUCUGGAUUAGAGUUUCGUCCAUUCUGCGUUCGGGUCUCCAGUAAUCACAUUACCCCCGCUGUGUAUUUCGACGCGAGCUUUUUCAAAUGGAAGGGCGAGUGGCGAUGUCAAACGCUCCCUGCGUAGCCGGCGCGUUAACCUCCAAACUGAAGAGCUAAUUAAAAUGCAAAGAGCGUGCUUUAAGGAUCCAGCAUGAAGAACAACAGAGUAUCCAUGAAGGAUUUUCCAAGUCUGUGUGCAAAUACAGAACUCGUGCUCCUUGUGGACUGCUGCUCCAUUUGCCUGACCUCUUUCUCAUCUUAGCUUCUGGUUCGCAGCCAUCAUGGAGGAGAGCAAGCUCAUCUUCAGUUUGGACGGCCAUGUCGAGGGUCCAUCUGUGGUCUUUUCUAAAGAUCGACCACAAACCAAAGAGAGUGGGUCUGACCUCGGUUUGGGGAUGAAUCUGGACCUAAGCCAUGGCUAUCGCUCCCAGCCUCCCUUCCUACCGCACUCCCCCUCUUCCCCAGGCUCUUUAGCUGACCUGUCAGCCUCAUCAGCAGGCCGUCUUGUCUCCAGUAGCCUUGUCAAAUCCUCGUCCACAGAGUUGGAGCCAAGAGAGGGUAGCUCACUAAAAGGCAAACCUCUCCUCAGUCUCGUCAAGUCCCUGAGCACGGAGAUCUCCCGCCGGGUUGAGCCAGAGGUCAAUCUCUCCAAGUCUGACUCCAAGCUGCAUUUGCAUCCCUGGAAGCAGAUUACACAUCCAAAGAUCCCAGAGUCUAGGCCUGAAGCAGGAGGAUUUAAUGAGAAUGAUGAUUGGGUUUUACCCCCAUCCAUUUCUUCCGCUGAACCUCGGGGCAGUACACUGAUUGCUGAGCUGGAAGACACACGGAGGAAGUUCUCGGAGGCAAUGCAGGAGCCACUGAGCAUGCUGAGUAAGAUCAUGGGGGAUGAAAGCUCUGGAAGUCCCAAGCAGGGCAGAGACUCACCAGCCUACCAAGGCAGCUGUGGAAGAGACGGGAGCAAUGAAGACUCAGAUGUUAAAUGCCGAAGGAGAACGGACGAUGAGCGCAGAGGUGUAUGUGACACUCCUCUCAGAAGAUUUCAAAAAGACUCAUUAACGAAACCAUCCGUCUCACCCGAACGGCACAUCCACAGCAGUGACAGCCAUCUUGAAAUCUGCACCUAUGGGGAUAUAAUUCAGGUGGUGGAGCUCCAGAACGGAUACAGAGGGGCACGUCAUAGAACUUUCCCCAAAGUCCCAGGUUCAUCGCUGCCUCUUCACUGGCUCCUCCCUGUUGGCCUUCUAGCUUAUGGGUUUUUUGUUCUGCCCCUGCCUCUCUACGUGGCCGGCCUGUCCAUGGGGAUUGCUUUUGGCUUUGUGCUGGGCUUGGUCGUAGUGUUCAUGUUUGCCCCAAGACGUUCAACAGUGAGGCGCAGCGAGGGCUCUCAUUGUAAAUCCAGUCCCAUGAACUUGGAUCUGCUGGACGGAAAGCUGACCGAUCUAGAAAUCCUAGAGGGUUGGAUGAAUGAGACCUAUGGCUACAACCCAGAGACUUUCCACCCCUCUCUCACACACUCUGUCUAUGCCACGCUGGAAGGAAGCCGACUGCGGCUGGCAUACCCACGUGCCAGCAUCCCCCGGUGGGCUUCUUUCAAUGAGACGCCUCACGAGGCUGUGUUUUUGUAUACACGCACUUACCAGUUGGCCAACUGUAAGGUAUCUUUGGUGCCUCCCGGUUUGGCACGUAAGAGGGUGUGGAACAAGAAGUACCCCAUCUGCAUCACUCUAGCCGAGGGGGAGGUAGGGGAUGAGAGCCUGGUCGAAGGGCAGGAUGAAGAAGAAAGGGCAGAGAACAUUGUGAUCCCAGACCAACAGUUUCCUGUCACCCUCUAUCUGUUUGGGCGCACUGGAAGAGAUAAGGAGGAAUGGUUCCAGCGCUUCCUGUCAGCUUCCAGGGCUGAAGCCCAGAGCAGUGUGAGCAGUGACGAGAACACAGAAUCACUGGGUUGUGGAGAGGCUAUGAAGGAAAGCACAGAGGAGCCGUCUGACUGUCCAAUGAAAACAAGAAUGCUCUUGGACUACAGCACCUACAUGACUCAACUGAUUGGCUCCCAAAGUAGCGAUCCCACCCCCACCUCCUGCCACGCUGACAAGGAAAGCCCCACAACUUGCAAGAAGGCUGAAGAGCAUGGUUCUGGAUGCCAGGUUGGAUCUGAAUCUCCAGGUAUUGAGACAGAGGAAAGCUAUCUGGAGGGUCAGCCCACCUGGGUGAACUCCCUUCUGGGCAGGAUCUUCUGGGACUUUCUGCAGGAGAAGUACUGGGCCGAUCAGGUGGCACACAAGAUCCAGAAAAAACUCAGCAAGAUCAAGUUGCCGUACUUCAUGAAUGAACUGACGCUGGCUGAUCUGGACAUGGGCACCUGCUUUCCCCAGGUCCUCAGCACAUCCAAACCUACACUGGACUCUAGAGGCUUGUGGCUGGAGCUGGAGAUGAUGUAUACAGGCUGCCUUCAGAUGACCCUGCAGACCAAGAUGAAUCUGUGUAAACUGGGUAAAGAGGAAGAGGACGAGGCUCACAGCAUUUCAGAGGCCGAGCAAGCAGGUUCCAAGCCAAGGCUGUGCGUACUGGCUGAUAGUGAUGAAGAGUCAUCCAGUGCAGGAUCAUCUGAUGAAGAGGACAUACCCCCAUCUGAGCCACAGGGGUCACUGGCAGAGAAGAGCACAGCAGUAGGAGCUGAAGGGCACACCGGAGGCAGCACAGGUAGGAAAAUACUGAGAUUUGUGGACAAGAUAGCAAAGUCGAAAUACUUCCAGAAGGCCACAGAGAACGAGUACAUCAGGAAGAAGAUAGCUGAGGUCUCCAACACGCCCCUGAUGCUCAGCGUUGAAGUCCUGGAGCUGUCUGGAACCCUGGCCAUCAACAUCCCUCCUCCCCCAACCGACAGGAUAUGGUAUAGUUUCAGGUCGCCUCCCAGGUUGGAUCUUCACGUGCGUCCUAUGCUCGGCGAGAGGGAGGUCACCUUCACCCACGUCACUGAAUGGAUCGAGAGAAAGCUGCAGUGCGAGUUUCAGAAAGUGUUUGUCAUGCCCAACAUGGAUGAUCUGUAUCUGCCCCUGAUGACAUCCGGCCUGGACAGUCCGCCUGCAUCCCACCAGUCCUCCAUGGAGUCUCACGAUUACCUCUCCGAGUAGUUCCCCUUGAUGUCACACAUGAGAUUACGCUGAUGUAAAAAUAUCAGCUGCACUGCUAUUCUAAUGAAUCUCAAAAGGAUUCUGCGGCUGCUGCAGCAGGGUACCUGAUUGGCGUCCAGCUUGCGUUUCUGCUUUGUAACUGGUGCGGGACAGAUUUUCUCUGAGGCCACACUGAGCUGACAUCAAAACUGUGAGAAUGGUGAUGCGGCGCCCCCUACUAGGCAGUUUAUAACAACAUUUCCGCUGAAAUGGAGGCAAGGCUUUUAAGAAGUCUGGAUGUCUUAAAUGCACAAAAGAGACACUCUUUGGGGAAAAAAAUGCUCUUUGAACAAACUAUCCAUCCAUUCAUUUUGUAAUCUGCAAGGUUGAAGAAAUCAGAAAUUGAACGAAAUGGAGAUGGGGAACUGAUGAGUACUGUGGUGCAUGUUAUUUCUGGGCAGUGUUCAUAUCCUAGUGGACAAUAAACACCUGUUUGAUGGUUUAAA